CGGCCUCCACCCGCUGCCAGAGCCGCUUCCCGCAGUGCCCCGCUGCCGGCCAAGCAGGCAGGUGCCCCCGUCGUCGGGGCGGCCAUGCGGCGGUGCGCCCUGCUGGCCGCCUUCGCGCUGGGCUACGUGGGCUACCUGCUGCUGGGCGCGCUCAUCAUCUCGGCGGUGGAGCGGCCCUACGAGAGCCGGCUGCGCGCCGAGCUGCGCGCUCUCAAGGCCGCCUUCCUGCGCGAGAGCCCCUGCCUGCCCGAGCCCGCCCUCGAAAGCUUCCUGGGCGCCGUCCUGAGCGCCAACCGCCACGGCGUGGCUCUGCUCCGCAACGGCUCGGCCGCCCCGUCCAACUGGGACUUCGCCUCCGCCUUCUUCUUCUCCAGCACCUUGAUCACCACCGUCGGCUACGGCUACACCACGCCUCUCUCGGACGCAGGCAAGGCCUUCUGCAUCUUCUACGCACUGCUGGGCGUCCCCUUCACCAUGCUGGUGCUCACGGCCACCGCCCAGCGCCUGCUGGGCACCUUCACCUCCGGCCCUCUGGAGUACCUGGCGCUGCGCUGGGGCCACAGCCGGCGGGCGCUCUCCUGCGGGCACCUCGUCUUCCUGGCGCUGGUGGUGCUGGCGGCCUUCUUCCUGAUCCCGGCCGCCAUCUUCAGUGCCCUGGAGGAGUCCUGGAGCUUUCUGGACGCCUUCUACUUCUGCUUCAUCUCCCUCUGCACCAUCGGCCUGGGCGACUACGUCCCUGGGGAGCAGCCCGGCCAGCGCCUCCGCUCGCUCUACAAGGUCUCCAUCACCGUUUACCUCCUGCUGGGGCUGAUGGCCAUGCUGCUGCUCCUGCAGACCUUCCACCGGCUGGCCGAGCUGCACGGCCUCUCCGACCUGGUCUUGCUCCCCCGGGAGCAGCCCUGCCAGGAAGACCACCAGUGCAUCCUGGACGAGCCCCCGCCUCCCCCGGAGCCCCGCCAGGCGGAAAAGACCCCCGUGCAGCCCAGCCCGGGGGGGCAGGCCAACUAUUCCUCCAUCAACAGAUGAUCAAGCGGCAGAGAGAGGGGGGCGGGGAUUCCCCACAGAGCCCCCUUUCCUGGGGGGUGUGCCUGUUUUACUCCCCCGCCACCCCGUAUGCUGAGCCUCUGCCCAUGUACAAAGCUUCCUUCUCCUUGGCCCUGUGCUCUUGGUGGGGGGGGGGAGGAGAUAGCCCCUCUCUGUGGGCAGGGCCUGAACAAGACCCCGGCUGCUUCCUUUGGGCUUCCAGAUUCACAUUUCUCGGGUAGUGAUUUUAUUUGAAAAAGAACAAAGAAUGACGUUGGAACUCACGGACACUUGAUUCCACACAGGGAUACGAGAUUCUGCCGCUGGGGGUGGGCCUCUCUCAUGUCCCCCACCCAAAGGGCACAGGCUCUGUUGCUACCCCACCCCUUGCCUGAGGCUGCUAGGAUUUG